AUGCCUCCCCAGUCUCCAUUCUGGGUGGCUAGCAGAGCUUAUGCCACAAUCAAGGCGAAGGCGAAGCAUGCUCCUGUUCCGCGCACACGACAAGCCGCACCACGCUCAUCUGCACAAGCUUCGGCAGCACCUCAAUCUUCCCAAACACUUCACUGGACACAGUCUCCCACCCUCCGCCGCACCGCUCGAGUCCUAGCAUGGAGCACCAACGUUAUUGCCGGUCUCUGCGCCAUUACCUUCUUCCGCGAUAAUGUGCUCCGUAUCGACGUAAUCCGGGGCUCGUCCAUGUCUCCAACGCUCUCUCCGACGGUCCACGAGACCGGUGUCGAAGACUGGGUCGUCAUUGCGCCCGUUCGCGAACGGCCGCCCAAGAUACAGUACAAAAACGGUGUCGCGUUUGUCGAGGACCGGGAGCAGAAAGAGGGCGAGGGCGUGCGCAGGGGCGACAUUGUUACCUUCUGGAAACCGCAUAAGCCUGAGGAGAUUAGUAUCAAGAGGGUUGUUGCGCUGCCGGGCGACGUCGUGUAUCCCAGGCGUGGGUUCGCGACUGACCCUGAGGUCGUCAGGACGGAGCGUGCGCUUGCGCUUGAUGGACUGCCGGAGGCGGACCAGGAUGCGGUUGGUGGGCAGGUGGACGAACUUGAGGUCGGCAAAGUUGUGGUGCCGUAUGGGCAUGUCUGGGUAGAGGGGGAUAAUUGGCGGAACAGCUUCGAUAGUAGGGACUUUGGGCCGCUUGCUAAGGGGAUGAUUGAGGGGCGGGCAGUGAAGAUCUGGAGAGGCUGGUUUGACUGGAGGGACGUUGGGGAUGAGCGGGAGAAGAAGGGGAGGAGUAGGGUUGUCCAGGGCAAGGCGGAGGUGCCGAGGGUAUACUUGGAGUGA